GGCUCUUCUCGCUCGCCCUCCAUCCCUGCUCCUGCACCGGUCUGCAUCUCCCAGCAGAAGGCGCAGCCAUGAAUCCGUUAUUCGGCCCCAAUCUCUUCCUCCUACAGCAGGAGCAGCAGGGCCUGGCCGGGCCGCUGGGGGACCCACUGGGAGGCGACCACUUCGCCGGGGGAGGAGACUUGCCGCCGGCGCCUCUCUCGCCUGCCGGCCCUGCUGCCUACUCGCCACCCGGGCCGGGCCCGGCCCCGCCUGCCGCCAUGGCCCUCCGCAAUGACCUGGGCUCCAACAUCAACGUGCUCAAGACCCUGAACCUCCGGUUCCGCUGCUUCCUGGCCAAGGUGCACGAGCUGGAGCGUCGGAACCGGCUGCUGGAGAAGCAGCUGCAGCAAGCGCUGGAGGAGGGUAAGCAGGGCCGGCGGGGCCUGGGUCGCCGCGACCAGGCCGUGCAGACCGGCUUCGUCAGCCCCAUCCGGCCCCUGGGGCUGCCGCUGGGCGCCCGGCCGGCCGCCGUCUGCAGCCCGUCUGCGCGGGUGCUGGGCUCGCCCGCGCGCUCGCCGGCCGGCCCCCUCGCCCCCUCCGCGGCCAGCCUCUCGUCGUCCUCUACCUCCACCUCCACCGCCUACUCCUCAUCGGCCCGCUUCAUGCCGGGCACCAUCUGGUCCUUCUCGCACGCCCGCCGGCUCGGGCCGGGACUGGAGCCCACUCUGGUACAAGGACCUGGCUUGUCGUGGGUGCACCCGGAUGGGGUGGGCGUCCAGAUCGACACCAUCACCCCCGAGAUCCGAGCGCUCUACAACGUGCUGGCCAAAGUGAAGCGGGAGCGGGACGAGUACAAGCGGAGGUGGGAAGAGGAGUACACAGUACGGAUCCAGCUGCAAGAUCGUGUCAGUGAGCUCCAGGAGGAAGCCCAGGAGGCUGAUGCCUGCCAGGAGGAGCUGGCACUGAAGGUGGAACAGUUGAAGGCUGAGCUGGUGGUCUUCAAGGGGCUCAUGAGUAACAACCUGUCGGAGCUGGAUACCAAGAUCCAGGAGAAAGCCAUGAAGGUGGAUAUGGACAUCUGCCGUCGCAUCGACAUCACCGCCAAGCUCUGUGACGUGGCUCAGCAGCGCAACUGCGAGGACAUGAUCCAGAUGUUCCAGAAGAAGCUGUCUCUGCACUUGUCUCCCAUUAAGGUCCCAUCCAUGGGGGGGCGGAAGCGGGAGCGCAAGGCUGCCGUCGAGGAGGACACCUCCCUGUCGGAGAGUGAGGGGCCCCGCCAGCCUGAUGGGGAUGAGGAGGAGAGCACAGCCCUCAGCAUCAACGAGGAGAUGCAGCGCAUGCUCAGCCAGCUGAGGGAGUAUGAUUUUGAGGACGACUGUGACAGCCUGACUUGGGAGGAGACUGAGGAGACCCUGCUGCUUUGGGAGGAUUUCUCAGGCUAUGCCAUGGCAGCUGCAGAGGCCCAGGGAGAGCAGCAGGAAGACAGCCUGGAGAAGGUGAUUAAAGAUACGGAGUCCCUGUUCAAAACCCGGGAGAAGGAGUAUCAGGAGACCAUUGACCAGAUAGAGCUGGAGCUGGCCACGGCCAAGAAUGACAUGAACCGGCACCUGCACGAGUACAUGGAGAUGUGCAGCAUGAAGCGCGGCCUGGACGUGCAGAUGGAGACCUGCCGCCGGCUCAUCACCCAGUCCGGAGACCGAAAGUCUCCUGCUUUCUCUGCGGUCCCGCUUAGCGACCCGCCGCCGCCGCCGCCAAGCGAGACUGAGGACUCAGAUCGCGAUGUCUCAUCUGACAGCUCCCUGAGAUAGAGACCUGACUCCCCCUUGCACGCCCCGGCCUGAGAUCCUCCCAGCUGGGAGCUCAGCGAGGCAGAGGGCGGGGCUGCACAGAGGGGAGCAUCACUUGCACCACUGCACGAGGCCUGGCCCCUGGGGACUGGGGCGCUCCUCCCUUGGGCUUCCUCCUCGGUCUUGGCUUCUCCUGGGCUCUGGGGUGUCUGGAGCUAGGCUUGGCCCUGCCCUUCCGGAGCCGUUUCCACCACAGUUGGGGCUCUCUGCCUUCAUGUGUGGGUGUUUGCUACUUCCCCAUCUUUAAAAUGCUGCCAGAGCGAUUACAGCCCCUCACCUUGUCCACGUGUCAGGAAUGUGAAUGUAGGGACCUUUCCUCCAUCACUGUUGUCUGGAGCCGGCUCACUGUCUUCGGCACUGGUGCUAACUGGCCCAGGCACUGGAGUGGAAUGAGUGCAGCUGGAGGCUAGGCGUGGCCACUGCAGCACACACAGUUGGAGAGGGCGUCUGUCCCUGUUAGUGUGGAGGGCAUUGGGGCUGGCCGGGGCACCCUGUCCCUGCUAUGGUUCAUGUGCUCAUGCUGUCCACCUGCUGGGUGGAAUAUAUGUGGCUGUGGCCCUCUUGUGGAGGUGCCGUGCUUUAAAGAGGCCUUAGUGCCCGGGAUGGGCACAAUAUCUUGAGGGGAGGUGGGAGCUCUUGCUCUCCCGGUCACUGCAGAAUGACAGAGAAGGCGAAGCUCUGUGCAUGCGUGCGCGUGUGUGCGCGCACUGGCUUAGAGUCUCAGUUUCAAUUUUAAGUAUCAGCUAAAGAUGUGCCUCCUCUGUGUUUGUCAUACACUGAGGCCAACAGGUUAAGGUGUCCUUGACUGUUGGAAAAGCCUGGAGAGACUGGGAGAUGUGAUUCAUAACGCCUCCAUAUAGGAGGCUGUGCUGAGCUGACAUUCGAAUGGAUUCUUUAAUAAUAAUCAAACUGUCGAGUA